AUGGCUCCUUCGGAAAACCAAUCCCAAAGCGUCGAGUCAGCGACUACCAUUCUUUACGAUUUCAGCCUUGCUGAUAUCACGGAGUCCAAUGACAAAUACAAACAACGUGUUUCCUCAUUUUUCCGUCCUAACAAAUCAAAGAAAGCUGCUAAAACCAAGCACCGCACGUUGACCAGCAACCUAGUGGAUAGUCCCACCAUGAAAGAAACACGUGAAGAAGUUUUUGAAGGAAAAGGCACCAUGGAAAAAGCCCCUAUGACAUUGUUUAGGCGACGAAGAAAUUAUCGAUCCCAAUUUCAGGACGAGUCAGAAGCUGGAUUUGAACAUGGCGAUUCAAUGUCAAGGGGCCAGAACUCAAAGCAUAUCAAUCCCCGAACUGCCCAGUUUAUGAUGCGAAGAGAGCAAGGAUUGAGACGAUUACUGACUUUGAGUGAUGAUCAGACAUCGCAUGCCGAAAUCUUGGCUGAAAUAGUGGCUAGGGACACUGCCGAAGCGAAUAGUCUCAACAAGACAAACACCGGCUCAAAGUAA